AUGGAGGGCGAAGCGGAAGUGGGGGCCCGACUGUUGAUUGCGGUCAGAUGCCAUAAACAGGUUAACAGAGACUGCCUUUGUCCCCGUGGGGCGAGGGAGGAAGAUGAGGGAAGGGAGGUAAGAGGAGAUUAAGGGCUGUGGUUCAGGUAGGAUUGUUUCCCUUCUCCCUCCCAGACACAGAGUGUGACUCAGUGAGCACUUAAACUACACGCUGCGGCUCCUACAUGCUGAAUCAAAGAGAAAACAAUUUAGGAAAUACAUGUUGUUCCCUGUUUGUAUGUGUGAGUUUGAAUAUUUAGAUAUUUGCUUGUUUGGUUAUGGAGGUGUGAUAGAGUAAAAAGAGGGUCAGAGAAGUUUGAUAAUGAAGUGAAAUGUUUUAAAUAAUAAUUUUGUUUGUCUGAGAAGGAAGUGGAUAUUACACUGUAGAUAGCAAGUGGAUGUUAAAUAUCUGGUUGGCUUUGUGUACCCAAUGACUGACUUCACAGAAAAAAUAUAUUGAAAUGUGUGUUGAAAGGGUUUUAGGCGUUUGUGAUUGGUUAGAAUUUCACACAUCGGAAAAUUAGAUUACAUUUGUGAACGCAGGGAUGUCAAGAAAUCUCAAAGGAUUGAUCUUCCUGAAUAAACACCUCCUCAGCCUUUCUCCUCCACUGCCUUGGUCUGUUCUUCUUCCUCUUCCUACCUUCUUCCUCACCACUCUUUUUUUUCUCUCCCUCUUCCCUCUGUCCAGGUCGAGUACGGAUCAACGGAAGGUGCGUUCCCGGGAUGCGGCGCGCUGCAGGCGGAGUCAGGAGACUGAGCUGUUCUACGAGCUGGCCCACACCCUGCCCCUCCCCCGCAGAGUCUCCGCCGACCUGGACAAGGCCGCCAUCAUGAGGGUGACGCUCAGCUUCCUUCGCAUGCACCACCUCCGCUCAGGUGGGCUCCCAUUGGCCAGAUAUGUCCAUGUCCUGUACUGUGAAUGGUUGAGAGAGCCAGGCCUACUUUCUUUAUUACUUUCCAAGUAGUAACCAACUCCCAAGAUGGUGUUAGUCUAGACCAAAAAGGUUCUGAUAUGACAUUGGAUGUGUGUUUUAUAAUGACGUGUGUUUUAUGUCAUUGCAGGGGAUACGAGUGAGGAGCAGGUCACAGAUGGGGCUGAGGACACAAUGGAUGCGUUCUACCCCCAGGCGUUGGCAGGCUUCAUCAUGGUGAUGACCGAGGAGGGGGAUAUGAUCUACCUGGGUGACAGCGUCAGCAAACACCUGGGCAUCCCACAGGUACAGCCACACAUGUUCCUGGCAACGUCAGGGUCAUGUGUUCGAUUCCCACUUGGGCGAUCCAUAUGAAAAUGUAUGCACUCACUGUUGUCUCUUUGGAUAAAAAGCAUCUGCUUAAUGGCAUAUAGUAGUACUAUAGUAGUAUACAAUUCCACUGCCAUUUGUUUACAGUCAGUCUGUGUCCACAAAGCUCUAUUGCACUAUUGAGUAUAGUCAGGUAGAAUGAAUCCGUUAUAGACUUACUAGAAUGUCAACUGCAGACUAGUGGAUACUCCCACUUAACGAAUGGCAAAGAGUAAUGUUAACAAAAUUCAGUUUUUACUGCAUGUUUUACAAAGUUUUUAUUCAUGGCCUUUGAUGAACAGUUUGGUUGUCCAAUUGCGUAGUUCUAUGUUUCAUUAUGGAUUUAACAUUUUGAAAUCAUGAGGCUUUUUGGAUAUUUACACCGAUCUCAACAAACCAUUUCUGUAUGGUCCUCGCUUUGUGCACGGGGGGCAUUGUCAUGCUGAAACAGGAAAGGGCCUUCUCCAAACUGUUGCCACAAAAUUGGAAGUACAGGAUCUUCUAGAAUGCCAUUUCUAUGCUGUAGCAAUAAGAUUUCCUUUCACUCGGACUAAGGGGCCUAGCUCGAACCAUGAAAAACAGCCCCAGAUCAUUAAUUCUCCUCCACCAAACUUUACUGUUGGCACUAUGCAUUCGGGCAGGUAGCGUUCUCCAGGCAUCCGCCAAAUCCAGAUUCGUCCUUUGGACUGCCAGAUGGUGAAGCGUGAUUUAUCACUCCAGGGAACGCGUUUUCACUGCUCGAGAGUCCAAUGGCGGCGAGCUUUAAACCACUCCAGGCGACGCUUGGCAUUGCGCAUGGUGAUCUUAGGCUUGUGUGCGGCUGCUUGGCCAUGGACACCCAUUUCAUUAAUCUCCCGACAAACAGUUCUUGUGCUGACGUUGCUUCCAGAAGCAGUUUGGAACUCGGUAGUGAGUGUUGCAACCAAGGACAGACGAUUUUCACACUUUACGACCUUCAGCACUCGGUGGUCCCGUUCUGUGAGCUUGUGUGGCCUACCACUUCGCGGCUGAGCCGUUGUUGCUCCUAGACGUUUCCACGUAGGCAUGUAAUACAAUCAACAGCCGUUACAAAUAAUCAUCCCACAAUAGUGAAGUGGGAGCUAAAAGUUAAUGGUCCCAUAGAUGACCCUGCAGAACAAAUGUAACAGUCUGGUUGGAUUACCAAGAAAAUGCAGACAUCAUCAUGUUUGUAGAAGUUAGCAAAUACAAGCUACAAGGCACCUGGUGUGAUAUUCUCGGACUUAGUAUUUUGAGAGAACCUGCAGUGCAGUUUUUCUUAAUCUGCAAUUCAUGGGAAAGGGGCCUGUGUGGCAUUGUGUUGACAUGGUUUUAUUAUUGUUGUGUUGUCUAGCUGGAGUUGCUGGGCCAGAGUGUGUAUGACUUUGUCCACCCAUGUGACCAAGAGGAGCUACGGGAUCUCCUGGCGCCUAGGCCAGGUGAGACAAACCACCCUGUUGUAUGUUUGUGUGUGUGUUUGUGCAUACGUACGUGUGUGAGCAACUGCAUGCGUGCAUGCGUGUGUGUGUGUGUGUGUGUGUGUGUGUGCGCGUGUGUGUGUGUGUGUCGAUGCGCGUGUCUGUGUUCAUCAUGCAUGCUCACACAGGUUCCAGGCUUUAGGCCUACAGCUCUAUCUUCUCUCCAACCCAGGUGUGUCCAAGAAGAAACCAGCGCAGCAACACACAGAGAUUAACAUCUUCCUUAGGAUGAAGACCACUCUGACUAGUAGAGGGCGCACUGUCAACAUAAAGUCUGCCACCUGGAAGGUACGUUUGUCCCCCCACACAGCACUAAUGAGCUACCAACACCCCAAGCCCCAUACACCUGCGAAUGCCACACCUGCAUAGGGCGUUAGGCUUGGGCUGUAUACCGUAUACAGGGGGUAUUUUGAAAUAUUCAAUACUAUCAAUACCGUUGAAACUAUUUGUAGCUUGUUUUUUCAUAAGUGUGAAUAUUUAUUUUUAAAUAAAUACAAUGCAUUCAGAAUGUAUUCAGACCCCUUGAUUUAUUUACACAUUUUGUUACAUUACAGCCUUAUUCUAAAAUUGAUUAAAUUGUUUUUUUUUACCCUCAUCAAUCUACACACAAUACCCCAUAAUGACAAAGCAAAAACUGGUGUAUACAUUUUUGCAAAUUUUUUAAUAAUAAAAAAUGGAAAUAUCACAUUUACGUAAGUAAGUAUUCAGACCUUUUACUCAGUACCUUGUUGAAGCACCUUUGGCAGCGAGUACCGCCUGAAGUCUUCUUGGGUAUGACGCUACAAGCUUGGAACACCUGUAUUUGGGGAGUUUCUCCCAUUCUUCUCUGCAGAUCCUCUCAAGCUCUGUCAGGUUGGAUAGGGAGCGUCGCUGCACAGCUAUUAUCAGGUCUUUUCAGAGAUGUUCGAUUGGGUUCAAGUCUGGGCUCAAGGACAUUCAGAGACUUGUCCCGAAGCCACUCCUGCGUUGUCUUAGCUGUGUGCUUAGGGUCGUUGUCCUGUUGGAAGAUGAACCUUCGCCCCAGUCUGAGGUCCUGAGCAGGUUUUCAUUAAAGAUCUUUCUGUACUUUGCUCCGUUCAGCAUUCCCUUGAUCCUGACUACAUUUACAUUUACAUUUUAGUCAUUUAGCAGACGCUCUUAUCCAGAGCGACUUACAGUUAAUGAGUGCAUACAUUAUUUUUUGUAUUUUUCAUACUGGCCCCCCGUGGGAAUCAAACCCACAACCCUGGCGUUGCAAACGCCAUGCUCUACCAACUGAGCUACAUCCCUUGAGUCUCCCAAUCCCUGCCACUGAAAAACAUCCCCACAGCAUGAUGCUGCCACCACAAUGCUUCACCGUAGGGAUGGUGCCAGGUUUCCUCCAGACGUGACGCUUGAAAUUCAGGCCAAAGAGUUCAAUCUUGGUUUCAUCAGACCAGAGAAUCUUGUUUCUCAUGGUCUGAGAGUCCUUUAGGUGCCUUUUGGCAAACUCCAAGCGGGCUGUCAUGUGCCUUUUACUGAAGAGUGGCUUCCGUCUGGCCACUCUACCAUGAAGGCCUGAUUGGUGGAGUGCUGCAGAGAUGGUUGUCCUUCUGCAAGGUUCUCCCAUCUCCACAGAGGAACUCUGGAGCUCUGUCAGAGUGACCAUCAGGUUCUUAGUCACCUCCCUGACCAAGGCCCUUCUCCCCCGAUUGCUCAGUUUGGUCGGGCGGCCAGCUCUAGGCAGCGUCUUGGUGGGUCCAAACUUCUUCCAUUUAAGAAUGAUGGAGGUCACUGUGUUCUUGGGGACCUUCAAUGCUGCAAAACAUUUUUGGUACCCUUCCUCAGAUCUGUGCCUCGACACAAUCCUGUCUCGGAGAUCUACGGACAAUUCCUUCAACCUCAUGGCUUGGGUUUUGCUCUGACAUGCACUGUCAACUGUGGGACCUUAUAUAGACAGGUGUGUGCCUUUCCAAAUCAUGUCCAAUCAAUUGAAUUUACCACCAGUGGACUCCAAUCAAGUAGUAGAAACAUCUCAAGGAUGAUCAAUGGAAACAGGAUGCACCUGAGCUCAAUUCCGAGUCUCAUAGCGAAGGGUCUGAAUAUUUAUAUAAAUAAGGUAUUUGUUUUUAAUAAAUGUGCAAAAUGUUAUAUUAUUGUGUGUAGAUUGAUGAGGAAAAAAUUAAUGUAAUCAAUUUUAGAAUAAGGCUGUGAAAAAAGUAAAGGGGUCUAAAUACUUUCCGAAUGCACUGUACCUGCAGUCAACUUGUGCACUAGGUUAAUAGAUAAUCUGAUCGCAUUCUUCAUUUCGCGUGUUUCAUUAUGAAGUCGUUCCCCAAAACAGCUGAUUGAGCCAGUCACAUGGUAUGUUGGUUUACAAAGAGCACACAGAGCAAAUGGAAGCUUCGUGACGUGCCAAUCGAUCCACAGAGAGGUGAUCAAGUUAUACUUGAAAUUCACAACUGUUUGCUAGCUAUAUAUCUUAUAACUAUACAUUUUACUAUCUAGGAUGUGCCAAAUAAAUUCUCUCCAGCUCAGGGCGCCAGCUAUGCAUUUGGUUAGCUAACUUGCUCACUAGCUAAGUUGCUAGCUUGCAAGAUUUACAGCAGAGACAAUCAAUCUCCUCCUUGAUCAAGAUCCCUGCUGUUAGGCUGGACAAUGGAACGGGUCAAAAUUCACCCAAGGCUGAAAAACGGCCAAAGAACGUUGGUUGAGCUGGAACACUAGCGCGAGGCCAUAGCAAAUGAGUUGAAACCGCUUGCAAGAUUUACAGCACAGACAACCAAUCCCCUCCUUGAUCAAGAUCCCUGCUGUCUAAUAUUUGUUUUGUGUAUGCAGAAAACUGUGAGUAGCCUUAACUUUAUGAGCUGGGUUGUCUGUUCUUGUGAUUAGUUUAUGUCCGUUUGCUCUUGUUAGCAUUUAGCUUGUGUCCGCUAUGGCGAGAAAUAGCGCCCCAUUGUAUGCGCUAACGGUAAUAAUGUAUACCCCUGUAUGGAUACUGCCCAACCCUAUUAGGGCCGUCUUUCAUCAUUCAGUGAGAUUCAUAUGUAGCACAAGUUGCUGUUACCAGUGACGUUGCUAGGACAUUAGACAAACAUCGGAGCAAUAAGAUGUUUGGAUUCAGAAGGCCAGGACACUUGAUCCAGCUGAAAGGUUAGGUAUCUCUGGUAGGACAGGCUGGCUGGCCUAGAUAUCAGGGGGUUGUCUGUACCCUAUCCAACCCCCAUUCUAAUGAUGAGACUUGGGGGAGUAACCAUAUCUCUCUGGUUUAUGAGUCUGGUUCUCUACCAACUUAAUCCAGCCUGCCACCCUGCCUUACUUUAUUUCCUAUUGGUGCGACUAUGGCUUGCCUAAAUCAUUGGUAACAUAGAUGGUGUCCCCCUCUCCUUCAUUUCGCUUCGCUCAUUUCUGCUUGGCUCAGUGUACAGCAUCGAGAGGUAGAUCCAGGGGAAUACACACACACACAGCUUUAUUUUUGUAAAAUGUCUGGACUUUUUUGGGAGUAAACAUUUUUUUACCAUUAAAAAUCCUAUUUUUCCUAAACUCUAACAUUAACCCCUAAACCUAACCUUAACCCCCAAACUCUAAACCUAACCCUUAAGCUUAAAAUAGCAUUUUAAAAAUUCAGGGCAUGAAAAAAGUCCUGACUUUUCUAAAAAGUUAUUGUUUUCCUCCCUUGUCAGGACAUUUGGGUGAAUUGUUAGGAUAUUAGGGUCCUGAUAAGGUAGGAAAAUAAGUACACACACAAACGCGCACACACACACAUGGCAGGGGUCCAUCAGUGACCAUGACUGUCAGAAAGCCUUGACCCAGUUAUGCUCUGGACUCCAGGAGAGGUGUGUGUAAACAGCAUUUGUGUUAUUGGGGAGUCUAUGUUCUCACUCUUGGCCAUGUUACAAGGGUGCCACAUCCCAUUUGUAUACUGCCAUUCCAGUACCUCUCCAUCUCUACAGUUAUUUGGUCUGCGCCAGAGCUCUGGUCUAAAGUAGUGCACUAUAUAGGGAAUAGGGUGCCAUUUGGGAUGGGAGCCUUACUCUUGUAUAGAAGAACCCUUUUCACUUUCUUCUAACACGCCAUGCUUCAAGUCCCACUGUGAAUGUUCCUUAACAUGGUCCGUCUGCCCUGAAUUGACUCUACAACAGAGAUGGGUAACUGGCGGCAGUCUGCGGCCCCCCUUUUAAAGGCCCUUGUCUCAAUUUCGACACAAAAUAAAGCGAGCAACUGUGGCCCCCACCCCCAUCAAUGUUGCCCAUCCCUGCUCUACAACAUUCACAUGGGUCCUGUUGCCCAUGCAUGUGCCCUGUAAGUAUAUAUGGAUAGCAAUUGUUAUCUUACUGCACUCUGUGGCCCCCAGGUGCUGCACUGUACAGGCCAGAUGCGUGUGUGCUGCAGUGAUGAGGAUUCAUCACCCCCUGCAGGCAGCUUCAUGACUGUGCUGUGUGAGCCCAUCCCCCACCCGUCUAGUGUGGAGUUCCCCCUGGACCGGAGCACCUUCCUCACCCGACACAGCAUGGACCUGCGCUUCACACACUGCGAGGGCAGGUGAGGCUGAGCACACACACACACACAUGGGGUGUAUUAUUUUAUGCCGGUUCUGUUGCAAAAUGUUUCUUCAACGUGAUGUAAAAGCUGUUGGGUUCUUAAACGGAGGUUGUAGUUUAUUUAAAUGUUAUGGCUUUAAAUGAUCAAUUCUUCCAUGCUCUAAAGCAGGGUUUCCCAAACUCGGUCCUGCCGAUAAAUAAAAUUGCCGCCGGCCAAUUGUUCGGGAGAAGAAGAAAUAAUCCCAUUGCGAAAUUAUGCUUUUUUGCCUAUUAAUUGAUGGAAAUACCAGUCCAUGGAAAUGCAUUUGACUGGUCAUGCUUAUCGGUCUAUAGGUUAAUUUGCAUAAUUUAGUGGAAUUGAAUUGACUCUGGGGCCUUUCAAAACAGGUGUAUAUAUAUAUAUACUGAGAUCAUGUGACAGAUCAUGUGACACUUAGAUUGCACACAGGUGGACUUUAUUUAACUAAUUCGGUGACUUCUGAAGGGUAAUUGGUUGCACCAAUCUUCUUCCACCAUCUUAUUUAGGGGCUUCAUAGGAAAAGGGGGUGAAUACAUACAGUGGGGAGAACAAGUAUUUGAUACACUGCUGAUUUUGCAGGUUUUCCUACUUACAAAGCAUGUAUAGGUCUGUACUUUUUAUCAUAGGUACACUUCAACUGUGAGAGACGGAAUCUAAAACAAAAAUCCAGAAAAUCACAUUGUAUGAUUUCUAAGUAAUUAAUUUGCAUUUUAUUGCAUGGCAUAAGUAUUUGAUCACCUACCAACCAGUAAGAAUUCCGGCUCUCACAGACCUGUUAGUUUUUCUUUAAGAAGCCCUCCUAUUAAUGUUAUUUUUUGUUUUAAAAAUAUGCAUAAUAUCUAGUAUAUAAUUCUGUAAUUCAGUGAAGUUCUGAUGCUAGUAAUAGCCUAAACACAUUCCAAGUCAUGCCAUGAUGUUCAGGACUUCAAGCCCCCUACAAGUUCACCCCUUUCUCGCUCACUCCCCACUCAUGAAAUUUCAGUCGUAUCUCGCACCUGCAUUUAUAUGACCAAUCAAACAUGUAAACAACUAGCUCACCCAUUCCGUAGCAAGCUUCUCUAUCCGCGCUAAUUGGUGGAGUAAAUUAAUGAGAUAAAUGUAAAAACGAUGUUGAUUUCACGAUUACAUUUCUUACGAAAUAAACUGUUACUUUUUUGUGGGGGUUGACCCGGUUCAGAACUUUAUUAUACUGGUCAGAACACUGGAAUGGAGUAAAACAAAUAGGAGAUCUGUUCAGAACAGAAUGAUUGGAAAAUUAUUUUGGUUGCAAUCCCUGAAAUAAAAGAGAAGAGCAGUUGCGGAUAUAGUCAAUUAUAAAUAAAUUAGGUUUAAUACAAGUUGCAACAGGGAGACAACCUCCAGUAGAGAAAAAGUCUGCCUGGCCUCCUCGGAGAAGGCCCUUAUAUCCCCUAUCAGCAGAUACAUGUUAAAAAUAAUAAUAAUAAUAAUAAAUGUUCUGUCAACAAGGUCACUGAAUCUCCUCAGACUGCAACUAAGGCCACUGUCUGCACAGAUUACAAGAAAGUAUACCAUCAGCACUUCAACAGGUCAAAGGUCUGUUUAAGAAGUAAAAGGAUAUCAGUAGUCAGUUACAACAAAUAAUUAUAGACUAACAGAAGAAAACUACUUAACCAAACAUGGUAUUAACAUGGGGAUACAUGGUUAAUUCCAGUUUCACCUCCCAGGGGAAUGCCUCCCUCCGCGGUUUUCCGCUUAUACAACAAUAUUUAUAACAUAUCAUGAACAAAUCAAAUACAGGAAAUCAUUAAUGAAAUCAUGUCCCACUACACACAAACAAACAAACAGACAGCUGGAGAUGGCCAUCCCCAUACCUUGGGACUGUUUAUAACCAUUGUUUGUUGUCCACUCUCAGCAGAGCUCAUAGAAUUACAAUAACUCAUAACUAAUUUACCCCAGCAGAUUAAGAUACCAUUUUAUACCAUUCCCUCUUGCAAAACUACCAUACUGCAUCAUCUCUGGUUGUUGACUCCAAGCUGACCUCUCACCCCUGACCUCUCACCCCUGACCCCUCCUUCUGUCUCCACUGUGUUGCCAGGGUGGCAGAGCUAGUGGGAUACGAGCCAGAAGAUCUGAUUGGCAAAUCUGCCUACGGAUUCCAUCAUGCCCUGGACUCGGAUCAUGUGACCAAGAGCCUGCACAUCCGUGAGUGUCUGAGAGCA